AUGCCAGUUUCGGUCCCAGCUGCAGACAGACGGCAGAGAGCCUCAGCAGCAUUUUCUCUCAGUUUUCUCUCUUUAGUCUUCUCUAUUACAGCUUUCAGUAGUAGUUACUGGUGUGAAGGGACAAGAAAAGUUGCCAAACCUUUCUGUACAGGGCAGAGCAAAGGGGAUCACUGCAUCCGCUUUAAUAGCCCUGAUGCCAACAACAGCAACGCUGUGCAAUAUAUUUGGGAGACAGGAGAUGACAAGUUCGUUGAUCAGAAGUUUCAUGCUGGAAUUUGGUAUUCCUGUGAAGAAAUUAUAAAUGAAGAAGGUGAGAAAUGUAGAAGCUUCAUCAGUCUGACUCCAGCCUCUGAUCGAGGAGUUUUAUGGCUGUCUAUUGUCACAGAGCUUCUGUACAUCAUUUUGCUUCUGACUGGAGUCAUUCUUAUGGCAGUAGAAAUGUGCUACUACAGCACUGUCAUUGAUGGGCUAAAGAUCAACGCCUUCUCUGCAGUAGUCACUGUAUUGGCAGGUCUUUUGGGAAUGGUUGCUCACAUGAUGUACACAACUGUAUUUCAAAUGACUGUAAAUCUUGGUCCUGAAGACUGGAGACCUCAUACAUGGGAUUAUGGCUGGUCCUAUUGCCUCGCAUGGGCUUCCUUCGCUUGCUGUAUGGCUGCAGCUGUCACCACUAUUAACAAAUACACAAAAACUAUUUUGGAAUUCAAGCACAAAAGAAAAACGCUGGGAAGGAGUUUACAGAUUAAAUACAAGUUUCCUGAUCGUACAUCUCCAGAGAAAGCUUGCAAUGUGUAUGUGAACUCAUUUCACAACAGUACGGAGGACCCUGCACAUCCAAUAAAAGGCUUGCGUCACCUGGCCACUAUUUCAGUUCUGUAA